AGUUCACUUACAGGCCCUGAGAACAUUUCAGAUCCAAGUGGUUGUCUGGAGCUCAGUAAAUUUAUUCUUUGUUUUUUCCCCUCAUUCCUAGGCGAUAAAUAUUGGGUUUUCAAGGAAGUGACAGCAGAGCCAGGGUACCCACACGGCCUGGUGGAGCUGGGAAGCUGUCUCCCCCGGGAAGGCAUCGACACAGCUUUGCGAUGGGAGCCAGUAGGCAAAACCUAUUUCUUCAAAGGCGACAAGUACUGGCGCUAUAACGAGGACAAGAGAGCGACUGACCCAGGAUACCCAAAGCCCAUCACUGUGUGGAGGGGAAUCCCACAGGCCCCACAAGGAGCGUUCAUCAGCAAAGAAGGCUUUUAUACCUACUUCUAUAAAGGGAAGGAGUACUGGAAGUUCGAUAACCAGAGGCUGAGUGUGGAGCCAGGCUACCCCAGGUCAAUCCUCAAAGACUGGAUGGGCUGCAACCAAAAGGAAGUUGAACAAAGCAAAGAGAGACGCUUCCCCCAUGAUGAUGUGGAUAUUAUGGUGACAAUCAAUGAUGUGCCUAGCACUGUAAAUGCAAUUGCAGUAGUUAUCCCUUGCAUCUUAUCUCUGUGUAUCCUUGUCUUGGUAUAUACCAUCUUCCAGUUUAAAAACAAAGAAGUGCAGCAAAACGUUACCUAUUACAAACGACCUGUCCAGGAAUGGGUAUGACACGUUCACCUGCACAUUUCAGCUCAGAGCUGCGCAAAUGAGUUCCGAAGUCCAUCAAACAAAACUGUUCAAGUGACUUAUUAUGAGUUGUGGGAGUUCUGGGACUGAAAGAAGCAGGAAAUACAGAGGUGGCCUUGCAGAGUGGAGCCUCUUUCCUUCUUACUGCCUCAGUCAUGUGUCUGUCUUGCUGUGCCAUUCUCCACAGGCCCCCUUGUGCGUGUCAGAGACUGCAAGAGGAAUUUUCUUGAAAUGUUUUUCAACUGACUUGGGAAACCUUCUUCAGUGCCCUGCCCCAGUGGUCUCUGUUAAACCCAGCAUUCUCCAGUGUAGCUAACCACCUCUAAAUGGACCAGGUUUUUUACAGCUGUCUCAUAAAUGAAUUAAGAUAAUUAAAUCUAUGAAACGGGAGCAAUUCAGUAUCUUAAGGAGAAGACAUGCUGAUGCUGAAUCAUUCCAAAAGAUCUUCUUAGUUUAUUACAAGAACCAGGGAAUUACCUGGAUGCAAUUUUCCAAUACCUGCUGGUCAGAUGUUUUGUACAUUCAUAAUAAUUGAUGCCGUCCCUCAGCACAGUGCACAAGGAGGAGGUAAUUCAGUGUAGGCCAGGAGUUCAAGGAACUUUUAACUAGUAACAGCAACUCCUCAGUUGAGUUAGUCCACAAGACAAAGACCAAAACACUCCCUACUGUUAACACAGCCCUAAAUGCUUUUGUUUUAGGAACCUCUCAUGUAAUGAAUAUUUAGAUGUCAUAUUACCACUAUUUGAAAUUCCCAUCAGUCACAAACAAUAAAUUGUUACCAAAACAAUGAACAAUUUA